CCGAGGCUACGGACACAGAGUCUCACACAUAAAGCACGCGCGCGCGCGCACACACGCGCACACGCACGCGCGCGCCCGCAAAUCGCGAUCGGGCGACACACCGCGAGGCGGCGCGUAACCGACACCGACUCCGACACCGACACAUCACCGACACCAAAAGUAAAGCGCGGUUGUUUAUUGUUUGUUUGUUUGUUUGUUUGUUUUUCCUUCUCUCCCCCCCCCCCCGCCCUCCCCUCCUCGUGCUUUCGAGGAACGCGCGUGACGUCCAUUCGCACCAUUCGGAGCGCACGAGCGUUUCCGGUUUUCUGAGACGCGUCGGCUGAGUGAGGCUUGAGAAGCGCGCGCUCAUCAUCAUCAUCAUCAUCAUCAUGUACCCGCACGGAAGACCGCAGGCUCCGUUGGUUCCAGGCCAUGCGGGCAUGAAGUUCACCGUUUUGGAGACUUUGGACCAUAUCAAAGAGGAGUUCCAGCUCUUCCAGGCUCAGUAUCACAGCCUAAAGCUGGAAUGUGAGAAAUUGGCCACGGAGAAGACAGAGAUGCACAGGCAUUACAUCAUGUACUACGAGAUGUCAUACGGACUGAAUAUCGAGAUGCAGAAGCAGGCGGAGAUUGUGAAGCGGCUCAGCGCUAUAUGCACUCAGAUUAUCCCUCUCUUGUCCCAAGAGCAUCAGCACCAGGUGGCCCAGGCAGUUGAGAGAUCUAAGCAUGUAAGCAUGGCUGACCUGAAUGCUAUCAUCGGGCAACAGCAGCUCCAGCACCUGUCCCAUCACGCUCCAGGGUUCCCUCUGACACCGCACCAGUCGGGCUUGUCUCUCGGAGCAGGAGUUGGCCUCAUGGCCCUCCCGGGGGCUUUCCCCUUCCCUCCACAUCUGGUGCCUAAAGACGACGUCACUCACCCCGAAUCUGUGGAUCCCAGAGAUGGUGCUCCAAACAGGAGUUUUGCUGACUCGGGUGCAGUGAGUCAGUUCGUGGGUCAGAGGCUGCCUCUGCCGCUAGGUUGCUCAGCCGAGUCUGUGACAGACAGCAAAAAAAGCAGUGCAGAAGGAAAACCACGAGUUCCCACACCCCGGGACAGAGAAGUGGAGAAAAAUGAGGACAGCUUGAAACGGGACAGCACUAAAGAGAAGAGUGUGUCUCCAGCAGGAGGGUCACCCACGUCUGCUGAUGGGAAUGGCAUGGACAGCCGAAAUUCAUCCCGAGAUACCCAAUCACCUUCCUCUGGCUUCCCGCACACACACACACCCAACCAGCACAAGAGUCCCCCGCAGGAGAAAGCACGAUCUCGUUCUCCAUCUCCGUCACAUGAUGCUCCAUCUCCUGCGCCUCCUCCGCCUCCGCCUGCUUGUCCUCUGUCCUCCCCAGCAUGCGCUCCCUCUCCUCCUGUCCAGCACUAGGACCCACUCCAAUUCAUGGAGUGAGACGGGUGGGAGAUGAAGGCGGCCCUCCCUCCCUCACCCACCCACCCACCAAACCCAGCACACACUGGCUCCGUCCCAUAGUGCAACGAGGUCAAGGACCAGGUGCCUUGCCAGGGAUGUGCAUUUGCCCACCGUGUCUUGGAGCUGAACACAAUCUGCAUCCACUAAACUGCAGGACCAUGUCAGAGGCACAGCUUAACAUGCCAAUCAAUCAGCUGUUCUAGUGAUUGACAGGUCUAUCAGCCAAUCAAGCAGCUGGAGAGCUGUGGCAGAGUUGAGCAUUUUGCAGUAAGCAAGUCAGAGCAAGUCCUGUUGACCCUUGAUAACCAUGGGAAACUGAAAACCUACCGAACUAAGACAGAAAUAGACUGAGACCCUUUAACAAGUCCUGUGUCAACACCAACUUAUAACACUGCUGUGUAGCUGAACUGGAUCUUCUUUGCUGAAGAAGGUGACCUUUAUACUCUAUUGUCUUUUAUACAUUCACUUUAUGCACUGGGAGCUUGGUCAUUUUUUCAUUCCUCAUCACAACGUGCAUGAGUACAUAGACGUCUACCGGUGGAUAGAGCUGAGAUGACUGAAGACGUGGACGACACAAUAACUGUUACUUUAAAGAGACUGUAAUUUUAUAUUACUUUAUAUUUUUGUCAUUUUUGCUCAUGUCAGAAAGCACUCAUACAUGCUUCGUUCAUCUGUCACUGUUGCACAAGCUGUAGCCACUCUGCGCUUUUACUCACUCUUUAACCACUAAUGUUUAAGAUUUCAAGCUGUACUUUCAAGCCUGGUUAACUGGAGCCUCUUCUACAGCAGCCCAGAUCACCAAAUAAGCCAAACCCUCUUUUUCUUCUUCUUUUUUCCUUUCAAUUUACAUUACAUAUCAAAUCUGUAAUAAAGGAGGAUGUUCUGACUGCGGCGGCACGGUGGUGUAGUGGUUAGCACUGUCGCCUCACAGCAAGAAGGUCCGGGUUCGAGCCCAGCGGCCAGCGAGGGCCUUUCUGUGCGGAGUUUGCAUGUUCUCCCCGUGUCUGCGUGGGUUUCCCCCACAGUCCAAAGACAUGCAGGUUAGGUUAACUGGUGACUCUAAAUUGACCGUAGGUGUGAAUAAGAGUGUGAAUGGUUGUCUGUGUCUAUGUGUCAGCCCUGUGAUGACCUGGCGACUUGUCCAGGGUGUACCCCGCCUUUCGCCCGUAGUCAGCUGGGAUAGGCUCCAGCUUGCCUGCGACCCUGUAGAACAGGAUAAAGCGGCUACAGAUAAUGGAUGGAUGGAUGUUCUGAAUGCUGGCCUACCGAGAACGUAUGAAAUUUAUUUAAGUUAUUCCACGAAAUCGAGUCGUACAUGAGCUGAUAGCCGACGAGACAAAUAGCAUAGAGUUGUCUAUAAACCACGUACGACGAGAUUGAAUGGAAUAACUGUUUUAUUCUAUCCACAUUCACUGGAUUUUGAUAAACAAGGCAUUUUUGUUUUUUUGCAAAUUCGAUAAAUAAAAACUUUAUCCAAAACGUCCGACAAAAUCAUUUCCGCUUAGAAUGUAAACAAACCGGUGAAAUGACAGUAACGAUUUGUGAAAAAAUGCUAUAAUAAUAAUUCUUGAAAAAUAAAGAUACGUUCUUCCCAUCAAAUACUUUCAUUCCUUUUUUUGUAUUUUUUUGGGUUUUUUUCUUCAAGUCGAGUUUUUAUUUCGUCCUCGGUUGGUUCAGCAAAACGCGCCGCCAUUUUGUUUUUCUCGACUCACGGUAUAUGAGCUGAUAUCCUCGUAGUAGAGUAGCCAAUCAGAGCACACGAUUGCUCAUAUCCAGUGAAUGUAAAUAGAAUAAAACUACUUGUAGAGAUACUCUAUCACGUUGGAGACGUGUGUUCGUGUGUGACAGUAUUAUUAAGAGUACGACUGCAGAGCAAACACACACCCACACACACCUGUGAAUAUUCAGUAGCACUGCCACUGUUAGAUCCUGGGUUAUAAAAUGUGAGCGCGGUUAGACUGAGUUUCAGGGGGAAAAAACGUGAGCGGCGAGAACGUAAUUGUAAUUGAGGAGGAAUCCGGAUACACAUCUCUAUUGGCACUUGACAUUUUAAACAAGACAACCAUCUCAAACCAACAUUUUGUGGAAAAACACAUUAUACAUUGUAAGUAGUUUUAAUGCAGACUACUUCCUUCAAUCUUCCUUGAGAGAUCUACUUUUAUUACAUUACACUUGCCUCCGUUUUUCCAUCACGUGGUUUUCAUGGAGGUAAUGGAGUAUAAGUAGGAAGGGUAUAUGAGAUGAAUACUGUAUAUCCGACAUAGAGCACAUGGAAUGCAAGUGUAAUGUUGUUUGAUUGAUUUUUCAUUUUAAAAUGUAAUAAUUCCCCCUGAAAUUUGAUGCCAAUUCAGAUUUUUUUUUUUCAAUUUGUCUACAUGGUGUUUACUAAACACUAUCCCAAAUAAAUUUCCUCGGUGAAAAUUUGGCCUCAAGUAGAAAGCAUGGAGUCGAAGACGUAUUAUAGUACUGUCGGGAUAAACAAACAUAUUUAUUGGAUAUUAGUUGACAUUUUUCAUUCGUUUGCUGGGCUUUUUGGAAACAGUAUAUCACUGCGUGUAAAGAUUCAUGUUUGUGUACUGGUCUCUGUAUUUGUGAUACAGCUGAACUGAUUCAAAACAGGUUGGCAUUUGCAAUUGAAUCAUGUGCAUGACUCUUUUUUUUUUAUAUUCUUACUGUUAUUCAGAAAUAUUAAAUGAAUUUCCUUUAACGUUGUGUUUCUCUCUUGCACUUUUUUUCUGUGCCUGUCAGUCUCGGUGAAGAGGCCAUGGCCUCCCAAUAAAAAGACUUAACAUCUGUUU